UAAAAUAUAUAUGCAGCACUGGCCGUAGGUAGAAAGGCUGGAGAGGUGAGUCAGCCUCGCAUCGCGUGGACCACGUAGUCUCGGCGUCUCCUUCUCAGCGGCUAGUAUAAAAACGCGAGGCUGCAGCCGCUCCGGGCGGCGCUCGUCCCGGAGUUCCAUGCCCGCGAGCUGUUGACUCGCUGCCUCCGGCCAACGACGACGACGACGACUCCAUCCCACUUGUUUUGUUUGUCCUCCGUCGCCCACACAUCCCGUGCGCCGAGGCCGACCGCACGUACACCCACGCGGCAAAAACUAGUCGAGCCCGGCUCGGAACCAGCGAUCUCUGUCCGUCUCCUUCACUCACUGGUGACCGCCUGCCUGCCCGCACACGGCUCGCCAUGGCCGUCGCGAGGCUGGUGGCGGCGGCGGCUCCGAUCCCGGUCGCCGCGUCGCGCCUCCGGGGAGCCCGGCCCGCCGCGUCGGUGUCCCGCGCGGCCCCGCGGCUGGUGGUGCUCGCGCCGCUCCCGGUGCGCGCCGUGCCCCCGCGCGCUCGCGUCGCGGCGGACGACGAGGCCGCCGUCGCCGGCGAGGCGGCUGGCGACGGCGAAGUCGAGGCCGCGCGGCGGGCGGUGUCGGAGCGCGCGGCGCGGAAGCUGUCGGAGCGGCGGACGUACCUGGUGGCGGCGGUGAUGUCCAGCCUCGGGAUCACGUCCAUGGCCGCCGCCGCCGUCUACUACCGCUUUGCCUGGCAAAUGGAGGGCGGCAAGAUCCCGGUGACGGAAAUGGUGGGCACCUUCGCGCUUUCGGUGGGCGCCGCGGUCGGGAUGGAGUUCUGGGCGCGGUGGGCGCACCGGUCGCUGUGGCACGCGUCGCUGUGGCACAUGCACGAGUCCCACCACCGCCCCCGCGACGGGCCCUUCGAGCUCAACGACGUCUUCGCCAUCAUCAACGCUGUCCCGGCCAUGUCGCUCCUGGCCUACGGCUUCUUCAACCGCGGCCUCGUCCCCGGCCUCUUCUUCGGCGCGGGCCUGGGGAUCACGCUGUUCGGGAUGGCGUACAUGUUCGUGCACGACGGCCUCGUCCACCGCCGCUUCCCCGUGGGCCCCAUCGAGAACGUGCCCUACUUCCGCCGUGUCGCCGCCGCCCAUCAGAUACACCACAUGGACAACUUCCAGGGCGUGCCCUACGGCCUGUUCCUCGGCCCCAAGGAGCUGAAGGAGGUGGGAGGGACUGAGGAGCUGGAGAAGGAGAUCAAGAAGAGGAUCAAGAGGAAAGGGAUCUCAGAUGCCAUCCAAUAAGAGCUGCCUGCCUGCCUGCUAUACACCUGAAGCAGCUCAUUCCGCUGUUUUUUUUUUUGCAUCUUCUGCUUUCACAUUAGAUCUUUUGACAUCUUCUAGUUGCUUUGAUGUAAUGUAGUCCACCUUAUACAUAUACCACUAGUGCGCGUGGGUGCAUUUUCUCCUUUCUGUCAAUAGGAGAGAAGAGGAAUAAUUUAGUUCCAGGUGGCAGCUCGCUUGGUCAGACGGUGGAGCACACUGCCGGUGCUGGGGGUCGGACGCUUACUACUGCUGCUAAUGCUCCUAGUUAGUGUAUGGAGUGUCCUCUGUAUGGAUUGUACAGCGAUGUCACGCCACUGACAGUGGCCCUCCCUUUUCGUGUCUUGUUUAAACAGCAGUGGUAUUAUAUGUUUUUCUCUUUGCUGCACUGAAUAAAAUUGUCGCGCCGACAUUCACCACA